ACAGUAAUACCUACCCAGCUACCUGCUCUGCUGUAGGUAUUAAUAUUUACCUUCGUACUGCAUGCCCAGCCCAGAAAGGGUCGUGACUGCCACCCCUGGACCGUACCUUACCUACCUUACCUACCUACCUUGCCUGGGCAGAAGCCACUUUCUUUCCCAACCCGACCGCCAGCUCCGUCCCAGAGAAGCUUGAGAUUUGAGACUUGCAAAGUGUCGAGUCGCAGCCGUGGCAUCUGAUCUUUCUUCACCUGCACAGUGCGCACCAACUUGCCCGGCCUGAACCUGCACUUACUCCCUCUGCCUCUUUCUCCUGCAGUGCAUAGCAUACCUUACUUACCUAGCAUUCACCGCGCCCCUCCGCCAUCUACCAGGCACCGCACCGCACCGCACGCCCAACGAACCGUCGGAUAGCCCCAAUCCACGGCCUCCAACCCCGGAUCCUUCGUGCUUAGCUGCGUGAGCACCGGCAAUCGAGCCCAAUGACCACCUCCCUGCGUCCAGCGCCGCGAUCAGACUCAGACUCUCCAUCCUGGCACGUCGACCUGCAUCAACAUCGUGCGAACAAUAAUACUAAUUCUGCUGCCUCAACGGCAGCUCUAACGACCAGUAACGACUACGAUCACCGCAAACCCCGACAGGCGCGCAAGCCAUCUCCCGGCCUCGCAGCGCGUCUUAAAGCUUUAGGCUUUGGGAAAGAUUCGAAUGAGUCCAACCCACAUCGUUCACCCUCCAACGAUCGAAUAGGCCGAAUACCUGAAGACCAGAUCCAGAAGCUCGACCUCAUCCACCGCGCCAACUCUGUAAAAUCUGCGAGGUCGCCCAAUCUCCAACCUCGAGGACGAGCCUGGAGUGGCACCAGCGGGCUUCUCACACCGCAGGUGACUGGCGGAAGCUCUGUGGAAAUCCCACCUGUUGACCUUAGAGUUUUGGAAGGUGGAACACGUCGGCCGUCAUCCUCUGCGAGUUCGAGAGAGCGGGAAAUGAGCACACAUGCGGAACAGAUAGACAUGGACUCGCAGAAGUACCGGUUGCCAGAACAUACUAACGGAAAUGGAACAAAGGCAAUGUCGGAUACAAAGCAGGCACAUAUCGAGAGAGAUAUUCCCCCAGACGACGAAACGCCUCCCCCUCCAAUAUCUAAGGAUACCCCUCCGGAAGGUACGACACCAGGCGAAUUCGCAGGAGAUGAGUCCUCCUUUUUCAAUCCAUUUGGACUACAGCGGACGGGUUCGAUAUACACACUCUCAAGGGUCUCUUUUGCAAACCAACUUGCUCAAUUAACUUCGCUACAACUUCCAGAUGCCGAAUCCCUAUCUACGAAGAUCUCUGCGAUUCCAACUUCCAAGGCUGCUUCCAAGGCGUUGAUGGGAGCCGCAGAACAAAUUCGAAGCUGGAUCUCAAAGGCUUCUGAAGUCGUAUCUGGCUUAGAUGGCGAGGACGAUGUCGAGUGGGCAGCUGCUGGAGGUAGAGAAGGCUUAGAAGAAGUCGACAAUGCCAUAUCCAGGUUCACAGAACUCAUCAAUGUAUACGUGUCGGCGAUCGAAUCGCUCCAGGGUCGGUCAGACAUAUCUACAGUUUCACCGGACGAGCUCAGGAAGGUUGUACUGCAAGUAGAAAUGAUUUUGUCAGAGUGGGAGAAGAUACGGAGAACAUUGAAGGACGUCAAGAACUCGGUAGAGAUUGCUAUGGAAUGGGAAGAACUUUGGAAUACCGUUCUGGGAGACAUUGGCAACGAAAUGGAUGUUCUAGCCCGGCUGGUUUUUGAAAUGGAGGAAAAGAGGCACAAAUCAUUAAUGGCAGAAACUGGUGGAGAUGGAGGACUAGACCUCAAUGAAUUGGCCACAAUUGUGAACGACACGCCUCCUUCGAAAGCGAAACUCAACGCCAGCAAUCGAUUUAGCGUCACGGGCUCCUUUCCUCUGAGCCCGAGCUCGCCAAACCCUUCGACUGUUGCUGCACAAGAUGAUUCAAGUUUACUGGCAUUGUUCGCUAGAAUGCAACCCCUACGAGCUUCGUUGGACUUUCUCCCUAUGAGAUUGUCUACCUUCCAUUACAGAGCCGAGAAGAUAUUCCCAACAGCCUGCGAGGAGCUCGAAACCAGGAGAACAGGUCUUGAGAGCAGCUGGAAGAAUCUCGAAAAGGAUGCUGAAUCUCUCAGGAGAGAGCUAGGCGAAGACCGUUGGGUUUUGGUGUUCAGAGGCGCGGGCCGACAAGCACAAAAAAUGUACGAGUCAGUCGAUCGCAGUGUUGUCAAGCUCAAGGAGGCCGUAGAAUCAGGAACUCAUCUUCAGAACCCAGCUUCGAUGGGCAAGAAGAUUGAAAGUUACGAGGCAAAGAAAAUGCAUUACGGUCCGGCUAUUGAGCGGGUAUUGUCAAUCAUUGAAAGAGGUGUCAAGGAUCGAUUGACAGUAAAUGGCGAGAUCUUGCGACUUCACUCCGAAAUGCAACGCAAGUGGGAAGCCCUCAAGGAGCAGAUGAGUGAGCUUGAUAUGAGCCUGGAAGAAAUCCAAGCCGACAAGAAGAACCAGCAGCUUCGAGAUUCGAUUUCAAGCAUGCUCUCCAACGAUCGAUCUACAACUGGCAGCCAUUAUGAUACCCCCGGCAGUUCGCCCGCUUCUUCCGUUGUUCUCACUGGACUUGCUACACAGGACUUGACGCCUAUAAAGAAUGGCAAGACUCGUUCAGGCACCAACCUCCCCCAACCCGGCGCAAGGAGGAAUAGCAGCAACUCGACAGCUCAAACCCAGCUCCCUCGCAAAGGACUCGUGAAUCGACUCUCUACCGUAGCUGCUCCUGUUGGCCGGGCUUCGCCUUCACCAGUAUUAUCUAGACAAGGCUCCGCAACCCCGACGGGCAACAACAGAAUACCGCGACCCUCACUAACUCACAAUCCCGAUGGAAGACCGCGAUGGAACUCGAGCGUUAACGUCAAAGACACGAUCAUCGGGCACAACUUCAAGCCACUGAGUCUCACCACUCCAAGUCCACACGCUCGUUCGAAGCCUCCCUCCGUGCAUUCGAACAGAUCGAACGUCUCCGUAGACUCGAGAAUACCGUUGCGAUCGCCUCUGAGUCGCGACAACACCAGUUCUCCAGGCCCCGAUACGACCCCAUCCCGGAAAUCCAUUUCAAGAUCAGGAUUCCGUGACAAACUUACCAGUCCCGGUCCUUAUAACCAGCAAGUCCUUGCUCAGAGCUUACCACCCGCCCGACCCCGCCUGCUCGCCGCCAAGUCUUCUAUGUCAGCUCUAAGCAACAGGACCAAUAGACGAGCAUCUAUGCAACCGAAAUCUAGCGAUCCUACUGGUUUCAGCAGUCCUCCGCCGAAGCCCACGAGACCCGCAUCGUCUCUGGCUACGAACAGACGUGUAAGCCUGCUUCCCCAACCUAAGGGAAAGAACAGCUCUGGUAUCACUGGUAGAGAGUCCCCUCAAGCUAUUGCCGGCGCUGCAAGUGCCAUGAGGACCAGCAGUAUAAAUAGCAAGGAUAGCAAUGGCAAAGAGAAGAAACCUUGGAAGUGAACGUCUAAGGCUAGUCUCAUUCUACUAGUUGUGGUUGGAAUUUGCGUUGCCCCGGGAUGGAGUUUCCGAUAUUGAUGGAUAGAAAAAUCGUCCUUCAUGUUAGAACAACAUCGAAUUUAUCGAUUGUGCGGUCGUGUGAACUACUCUUCGGUUGGGAACUCAAGUGUUGAUGUUGGAACACGUCUAUUACGACACCUUAUUUCUGCAAUGUUCACCAUAGAGCGAAUUGGCAGUCGUUGGUGCUCUGCUCCACCAUUACAAGCACGGCGCAUACUUGUCUGGGAUUAGGGAUCGGGGAUUCUCGUCGACCUCAGCGCUUCGCUUCACUUCACGUUAUUUCUAAGUCUCUAUGGUUACAACUACAAGCGUUUCGUUGAGCUUUAUUACAACAACUUUUCUUCUUGAGCGAUCCCUAGGGUUUUGAAGUUUUUGCGAUAUGAAAGAACAAUCCUCUGUUUUUUUUUUGCGUGUGCGAGAAACACACGCAGUAAAGAGAGUCCGGAGAGGUGUUUUAGCAUGGGUUGCUAAGCACGCCUGGGUUCGGAAGGAGAGAUAACAUCUGGCUUUGUGUAUAGGUUGUAGAUAUAUGCGUGCGGGCACGGAUAAGCGAGAUGUUGUUUGUUGUGAGAGAGUAGGGAAAAGAGAUAGUGGAGGCGGUGGAAGUGAUAAGAUAAGAAGAGAUACCAUAUCUGUGUAUGAUUAGAUGCAGAGCUUGUUCAAGUUAAUCCAGAAUGUGAUACCCUGUGUUCG